AUGCUCGACGAGACUUCGGCGAAACUCCAACACCAAUCACACAUCGUUCAAAAUUACAUUAUCGCUUGGUUUGAUCCGCACACUGAGGACGAUGUUCAAUAUCGUCAAAACACAAUAUCUGAACUUCGUAAUGUCGUCAAUUCAAUCAAUAUAUUCAACGAUAUUGAUCAAUGUAUUGAUUUUGUCACUGAUAUCGAACAAGAAAGAGUCUUCAUGAUUGUAUCGAACUGUUCGACACAACAACUCAUGAUAGUCAUUCAUGAUCUCUCACAAAUUAAUUCAGUUUAUGUUUUUGACUACAAUCGAACAGAAUCUAGACCGUCUACUAAACAAUGGACAAAAACGAGAGGGCCUUUUACUGACAUCAAUGAAUUAUGCGAAUCCAUUAAGUUAGACGCCCGUCGCUGUGAUUAUAACAUGGCAUCUAUCAGUAUCAUACGCACAGCACAAUCACUAGAUCGUGGCUUGGAUGAACUUGAUCAGUCAUUUAUGUAUUCCCAACUGUUGAAAGAUAUUCUUCUGGAUAUGGAUCAUGGAGAAGAUGCCAAACAAAUUUUCGCUGACUUUUGUCGUCAACGACAUCAUGACAAUGUCGCACAGCUCAACAUCAUCAAUGAAUUCGAACGAGAAUACCGCAUGCAUACACCUAUCUGGUGGUACACACGAGAUUGCUUUUUAUAUUGUAUGCUUAACAAAGCUCUUAGAACUCAACAAAUUGAUAUCAUUAUCAAGAUGGGAUUCUUUUUAUGUGAUGUUCAUCGACAAAUUGAAAAGCUACAUCGAGAAACGACAACUGUCUCUGUUCCAUUCAUCGUUUAUCGAGGACAAGGAAUAUCUAAGAUUGAAUUUGAACAACUCAAAGCAACGAAAGGUGGGUUACUAGCAUUUAGUAGCUUUUUGUCUNAACUGAUCAGUUGUCAUCUUAAUAGCAUCUUGAACCAAAGCCCAUUCACCAAGACAACUUUCCACUCCUAUCUGCAUUUUUGGUUUACCAAAUUGCUUUGGUUGAUCAAACGUGCCAGGACAUACAUCGAUUAA